AUGAACCCAAGGCGGCGUGACGUCUACCGACGCGGGUCUACGUCUACUCCCGCCGCGCCAAGCAACCAACAAAAGAAAAGUCCGUAUAAUCUGUGGAUACCAGAGUAUCUACCAAUAGUGACUGUCCGGUGUCGUUCUGCUAGCAUGACGAAAUAUCGAUACCGUUACACGAAAGAUGGCAUCAAGAAGCGUGGGAACAGUUUGCUUGAUUUAGAUUACAUGCUAAGCAUACUGUAUGUAUGA